AGCCAAUGUGCAACUAUAAAUAGAGCUGUUGGCUUCCCUUCCUUCCCACACUUCGCAUUUAGCCCAAGUUAACUAGAUUUGGAUCGCGGAAUCCCAGAGAGAAGGACACACAGAGAAAUCACAGAGAACCUUUCAAAACUCCGUCAAUGGCCACCAAAGUGUAUAUUGUGUACUAUUCCAUGUAUGGACAUGUAGAGAAACUAGCAGAAGAGAUAAAGAAAGGGGCUGCAUCUGUUGAAGGUGUGGAAGCCAAAUUAUGGCAGGUGCCUGAGACACUACCAGAAGAGGUGCUUGGGAAGCUGAGUGCACCACCAAAGAGUGAUGUGCCAAUCAUUACGCCCGAUGAUCUUGCUGAGGCUGACGGGUUUAUUUUUGGCUUCCCAACAAGAUUUGGAAUGAUGGCUGCUCAAUUCAAAGCAUUUCUAGAUGCAACUGGAGGUUUAUGGAGAACACAACAGCUAGCAGGCAAGCCUGCUGGGAUCUUCUACAGCACUGCAUCUCAGGGUGGUGGACAAGAGACAACUGCGUUAACUGCAAUUACUCAGCUGGUUCACCACGGAAUGAUUUUUGUACCCAUUGGAUAUACAUUCGGAGCUGGCAUGUUUGAAAUGGAGAAAGUGAAGGGUGGAAGUCCUUAUGGUGCUGGAACUUUCGCUGGAGACGGCUCGAGACAGCCAUCCGAGCUUGAGUUGGAGCAAGCAUUCCACCAAGGAAAAUACAUUGCCACCAUCACAAAGAAACUCAAGGGCGCCGCUUAAAGUGUCCAAAGUAAUAAUUCACCAUAAAGAUGUCAACUGAAAUCAUUUUUCAGUCUUAUACUCUUAGAUUUUCAUAUUCCUAUAUGUGUUUGCAAGCAAUAAUUACUGUGUCGUUUGAUGCAUGCUUUGUAUGUCCUACACACAGUUCAGUUAUCAUUAAUGGUAAAAGUUUGCUGGAACA